AUUCUAAAUGAGUUACAAAACAAUUUUUGAUUAAUAUCAUCCUUGAGUCAGAUGAUAUUUAUAUAGUGUUAGGGCAAUACUGUAUGCUAUAAAUAAUUGGCAAUCCUUUUUUUAUGAGAGCGGGAGAUUUCAGCAAUACGUCAUUAAUCAUAUUAUAGAGAAAUGUAGCAAGAAUUGUGUGAAAAUCUAAAAUGAAACAUUUAUAUAUAUGUGCAUUCCAGCUCCCAGUUAGGAUAGUGCACUGUACCUGCCAAAGUUUCAUGAUGGGAACUUCUCAGUUGAUUUUGUUUACUCUAAUUGUGCCUAAAUAUCUUCAAAUCCAGUAUAAUUAAAUUGUAUUUAUUUAAAAAUGCAAGGUUGCGUUGUCCUAAAUUGACUUUUUCAAUCAUUCCAUCUCAGUGCCCCAACCCUCUUUCAUGAAGCCUAGUAUCCUUAAAAUGUGAUUCCGCCGUAGUAGUCCCAGCGCCAUCCCUUGGUGGCUGUGCUUCUGGUACUAUAGAUGUAAAAAAUGAGUGUGAAUGAAUAACUAAAGUGUCCUGUGUUCUCACAACUGAUCGUCUUACAGAAUAUGAUAAAUUUUCAUUUAUGCGAUACAUAAACAUUUCUGUGCUAAUACCACCUUGUAUGAAAUUGCUUCAAUUUUUCUUGAUAAAUCUAUUUCAAAGGAUUUGUUAACCUCUUUCUUGAUUUUUGUUGCAGUGACCAAGUUUUAGGAUAUUAAUUGUUGCUACUUUUCUUAAAGUGGAAUCUUGAUGAAGGCCUUAGCUUGGAUAAAUCGCUACGAUGCGUACUAAUUAUAAUAGUUAAUAAUGAUUUCCUACUUGUUCCGCAAGUUAGCAAUAAUAAAAAAACUUGACUUGCUCAUAAAAGUUGGACUAUCAAAGUUUGUGUUAACCCAGCAGAUUGAUGGUGACCUCAAUACUUUAUAGUAUCUUGUUGAAUCAAUUGUACAUUGAAAAACUAAUUGUAGGGUAUUCAUUUGGAACUUCUUUCUCGAUUCACUUUGGAAAUGCCAAAUGAUAAAUCACUCGAUGGCGGUAGGGGAGGAAACCCAAAGUGGACCCCGCCAAAAAAGUACAACUUGAGGAACUCGUCCAAUGCUAACAAUUUUUACUCAGUGGACUCGACCCAAAAUUCUGGCAUGCAAGCUAUGCCUUCAGCUGAUGGGAAUUGCACGCAUACUAGUGACGCGCUCAUCAGUGGAGCCAUGAAGCUCCCCAAUGGACGGUACAUGCUUAACGGCAUGGAGCUCACCAAGCAGGAGUUGGACUUUGUGCUAGACAAUACUGAGCCUCAAGAAGUCCCGAGUGAAAGCUCCAUGCGCCAAUCGUUGAUGAGCUACAUCCCAAAUUUUCGAAUAUCUUUAGGUAGUAAAAGCAGUAAAACUGAUGCCACAACAUCACAGAUGAUGAAGAAAAGUGAACAUGCACAAUCAUUGCAUAAACAAAUCAAAUUUCGCACUAAACCUCUGACUGCAGUAGAAAAAAUACUAGCGACGCACACCAAGGAGGUGGAGGAUGCCUCGACGUCUGCAGCGGCCGCCGCUGAGAAGGGACCUGAGUGCUCGAUAUGCCUCAGCAACUGUCAUGAGGAGUCACCCUACCAGGCGCAGAAAGAAACGAGUCGGGACAUCGUGGGCUCUGUCUCAUUGAGCCGAUGCGGCCACGUGUUCCACGCGUGCUGCGUGCUGCAGCUCGUGUCUCAUGAUGCCACCUCCAUCGUCUGCCCAAACUGCAAGACCAUUCACGGUGUCAUGACGGGAACACAGCCCCCGGGAGGCACUAUGACAGUCCAGACGCAGAGCAUGCAUCUUCCUGGGUAUCCGCACUCGAAAACAAUCGUCGUGUCUUAUAAUUUCCCUCGGGGCGUUCAAGACGCGAAGCAUCCUAACCCUGGUCGUCCUUAUUAUUUAGUGGGGUUCCCUCGCGUCGCCUACUUGCCAGAUACGCGGCAAGGCCGUCAAGUGUUGUCAUUGCUACGUAAAGCCUUUGAUCGACGUCUUAUCUUCACGGUGGGGACGUCGGCGACGACAUCGCAGCCUGACUGCGUCGUGUGGAACGGCGUGCACCACAAGACGGAGGUGACCAACCACGGCGGCCACGGCUACCCCGACCCCAACUACCUCGACAACGUCACCAUGGAGCUCGCCGCCCUCGGCGUAACAGAAGACUCGUAAUCCAUCCGCGCAGUGCCUUGUCUCGUGUUGCAGCAUUGUGCAAUUGUUGUAUCAAUGUUCAAAUUUGCUGGUUGCAAGUAGUAUCUCAUUAGUAUUGUGUUAUUUUACUUGCUCAUAAAAAUGGAAUAUAUAAUCGAGAAAUGUUUAAAGUGUGCAAGACUUCGUUAUUCUGCUAUUAAGUUAAGUUUUUUGGCGCAUUUUCUCAUUUAUGGAAAAAAGGCGCUAUUGUUCGUCAUG